AGCUAUGUGGUUCUUCUUGGCUGCCUUGCUGGGCCUCUACUUCCUUCGACGAUGGUACCGGGAGAGACAGAUUGUGGAGAACCUGACAAAGAAGUAUGUCUUCAUCACUGGUUGUGACUCUGGCUUUGGGAACCUGCUUGCCAGGCAGCUGGAUCUGAAGGGCAUGAGGGUCUUAGCAGGAUGCCUCACCCAGAAGGGGGCUGAAGAGCUUGAGAAGGCCACAUCUGACCGCUUGAAGACCACCAUCCUCGAUGUCACCCGCACAGAGAGUGUUGCAGCUGCAGCUGAGUGGGUGAAAGGAUGUGUGGGGGACAAAGGUCUCUGGGGAGUAGUAAACAAUGCAGGUAUAGGUACACCGAGCUGCAAUGAGUGGCUGACUAAGGAAGACUUCAUGAAAAUCAUAAAUGUCAACUUGCUUGGGAUGAUUGACGUGACACUGCAGAUGUUGCCCCUGGUGAAGAGAGCCAGAGGAAGAGUGGUCAACGUGGCCAGUGUGAUGGGAAGACUGGCGAGCUUUGGGGGAGGCUACUGCCCAUCCAAGUUUGGUGUGGAAGCGUUCUCUGACAGUCUGAGGCGAGAGAUGCAUUCUUUUGGAGUCCAUGUCAGCAUUGUUGAGCCUGGCGCUUUUGCUACACCCCUUACACGCACCUUAGAAGAUGGCCUCAAGGAUGUGUGGAAUCGGAUGCCUUCCGACCUCAAAGUACAAUAUGGGCAGCAGUAUUUUGAGACCUGUGAAAAUAUGCUAGAACUCAUCCAAUCAGCAAACAAGAAUCUCUACUUGGUCACUGAUUCCAUAGAACAUGCUUUGACAUCCUGCCAUCCUCGCACUCGUUACUCUGCAGGGUGGGAUGCUAAGCUCUUCUACCUUCCUGUCUCCUACUUACCAGCUUCAGUAGCGGACUCUAUAUUGACCCGCAAUCUGCCCAAGCCAGCACAGGGGAUAUAG